UUCUAUUCUUUCGACACAUCCAUAUUUGCGCCCUUGCAAUGUUUUAGGAACCUGGUUAUUACUGCAAACACACGGUAGUGUCGACUCUGCUAGGGGGACCCUGUCUCUCCAUACCCACACCAGUACCAGUCGUCCCAGCUUGCCGGCCAGAUCCCCCAUGUGUCCUUCUUGAUCUGUGUUAAAAUGCCUUGGGCCUUCGGUAGUCAAAAUUUCAAGUGGGUGUCUGCGUGCCUCCUAAGCAGUCAAUCUUUGGACUCUUGCAUUGAGAUGCGCUCUGAGAUGCGCUCUAAGAUCUGGGGACUCCUUAGUCUGAACCUUUCUACCGGACACGAAGACGAUGUCUUUGGUAGGGAAAAAUCACUAGGCGCUGACAAGCGAUCACAAGCGAUCACAAUACGCUCAAAGAAGUUGGAACAUAGAUUAUCUGCAUUUUUCUAUUCGUUCCAAGAAAAAAGAAUAUAGAACUAAAGCUAAACAGGAAACGCCGAUUGAUACACGUAGGUACUCACGUUAAAGACAAAAA